AUGAGGGAAGGGUGUUGUCGGAGAGUAGGGAAUUGUGCAAAUAUCAAAAUAUGGGCUGAUCCCUGGGUCCCAAAUUUACCAAAGAAGUCACCGGAAAGAAGGAUCAAUAUACUGACUGAAUUGACAAUGACAAAAGAUUUGAUUAUUCAUGACGAACACAGAUGGGAUAUAGACAAGCUGAAGCAUCUAUCCACUCAAUUUCAAGUUAAGAAGAUAAUCGAAAUUCAUCUGCCGACUAAUGAUAACAAUCCGAGGAACAAACUACUUUGGACACCCCACCCUACAGGCGAGUAUUCUGCUAAAUCUUAUCAAAAUACUUUAACUGACAGACAACCUACUAGCUCCCCAGCCUCUGAAUUUCAGAGGAAGAGACUAUGGAAAGUGCGUAAUAUUGCUCCUAAGGUUCAGUUCUUUAUUGGAGGAUCCUCAAGAAUGGGAUUGCAGUGA